AUGCUACACAUUACAAUACACCAUGUAAAGUUGCUUGACUUGUGUGAACUUCACUCACUGAUUUGUUUGAAGUUAUUUGCUGGUGGGUGUCUACGAUACGUGUCAAAGCAUACAGUAACUCGCAUUUGAUACGGCAAUUAUAAAUUAAAAACAAUGAAAUACAUAUUAGUAUCAACUAUAUUAGUGUUAACAUUUAGUAAUUCAUGUAAUUCUUCAUUAUUCGAAAGUGACUCUUGUUAUUCUUUUGGAAGCGGCAAUGUUUUCCCUGGUGGUGCAAGAAAAAUUGAUCACAAAUUACAAUUCACUAAAGCUAUGAUUUCUAAGCCGGCACCAGAAUGGGAAGCUACUGCAGUUGUCAAUGGAGAAAUUACACAGCUUUCAUUAUCAAGCUUCAGAGGGAAAUACUUGGUAUUUUUCUUCUAUCCUCUAGAUUUCACUUUUGUUUGUCCUACAGAAAUCUUGGCAUUUUCUGAAAGAGUUGACGAGUUCCGAAAAAUAAACACAGAAGUUGUAGCAUGUUCGGUUGAUUCUCAUUUUACUCAUCUUGCUUGGAUAAACACCCCACGCAGAGAAGGAGGUCUGGGAAAAAUUAAUAUUCCGCUAUUGAGUGACUUAACUCACUCGAUUGCCAAGGACUAUGGUGUUUACCUAGAGGACGUAGGCCACACUUUAAGAGGCCUGUUCAUUAUUGAUGACAAGGGUGUUUUGAGGCAAAUUACUAUGAAUGAUUUACCAGUUGGAAGAUCGGUUGAUGAAACUUUAAGACUUGUACAAGCAUUCCAGUAUACUGAUAAGCACGGUGAAGUGUGUCCUGCAGGGUGGAAACCAGGCCAAGAUACGAUUAUACCCAACCCAGACGAAAAGAAAAAGUACUUUGAAAAAGUGGCGAAAAAUUAAUUAUCGCAGUUAGUGGCAGUACAGGAGAACCAAUACAUCAAUAAAUCACUGCAAUUUUUAUAUAAUAGAUUAAAAUCACAAUCUGUAGUUACACAUAGGAAGUUCGUAAAUGACAAUAAUUAUUUCAGUUAAAAUUUAAUUUUUAAUGUCACAUUUAUAAAAGUUAUUGUUUCCAAGAACAUAAUACCUAUAAUAUGUAUGUGCCUAGAUUAGGCGAAUUAACGUAAUUGUUAGGAACUGCACUAAGUCAUUUUGGAAUUACUCUUUAAAAUAUUGUUUAAAAUAUCGUUCAAAAUACUCUUUUACAAUUAUUAUUUAACACCUGCGUAAAUAAAAAUU